GAGUGAAAAGAAAAAAGAAAAAAAAUAAAAAUUAGGGAUUCCAAUGAAUAAAUUUGAAUUGAAGUUAUUCCGACCUUUACCUCCCGGUCUCCUUUAGCUCUAGUGGGCGUGCGUGUAAGUUCAACAAUUGGAAUGAGUAAUAUGGUCUCAAUUACACACUCAUUUUUUUUUUCUUUUUCUAAACACAUCAUUAAAACUAAAGGAAAAUAGAGGAAAAAGCAUGAUUAAUCUCGCGGGUUACAGCACCACUAAUCAGAGACCAAUUUCUCUGAUAUCAAUUAUGCCAAACACCACCGUUCCGUCGCGCUACGUCGUCGUUUUCACGUUUCGAAGUUCCCAAAAACAUAGCUUCAGCACCUCUUCUGAAUCAGUUUGGACAGAUUAUCCUAUAGAGAACGCGUACGAGCUUCUAGAAGUAUCGGAAACAAGCUCAUUCGAUGAGAUCAAAGCGUCGUUUCGUAAAUUGGCGAAAGAAACUCACCCUGACCUCGCUGAGUCAAGGAACGAUUCCACUGCUUCACGACGAUUUGUUCAAAUCCUUGCCGCAUAUGAGAUUCUUUCAGAUUCUCGGAAGAGAGCCCAUUAUGACAUGUACUUGUUAUAUCAGAAAAAGCUUAUGCAGAAGCAUUCUGAACAGGGUUCAAAAUUGCGCAUUUAUGAAUCACAAACUACGACAUUCAAUGAGAUGGAAGUUGUUGAAUGGUUAAAGUGGUACAGAUUAGCUAUAAAUGAUAUUUUGUCAGAGAAGAAAGUGGUGGUUGGAACAGGAUAUUUUGAUGUACUCGAAAGAGAUUUUUAUUCUGCUAUUCAUGCAGCAUACUAUGGACCCGAAAUUGAUUCUAUCCCCAUGGAGUUUCUUCCCGAAUGCUUUGAGGCUGAGGAGAGGUCCUCUUGUGAAACUCCUGAGGUUUUGCAUUUGGUUUCUGGCCGUGAUCUUUUUGGGAUGGUUUGCCUAGUCAACAAGAUUCCAGAGAUAUCAUCUACUGAAAAUGAAAAGUUAACUUCUUAUAUACCCUUCCAUUCAGGCCUUUGUCAAUCUAUAACGGACGUGGAUACCUGCAGGAAUGUAGAAAGUCCAGAUAAUUUUGUAACACAACAAAGCCGCAGCUCUAAAAUUUCAAAUAAUGUUUCAGAUGCGUAUAGAGAUCUAGAAUUGCAUGUCUCUGGAAAAUUAGUUGCUACAGCAUCUAGGGUCCUACCUAGAUGUCGUUCUGAUGCGAUGCAAAAGGAAGGUGCUGAAGAUCACAUUCAUGUGUUCCUUAAUUCAGAUGAAGAUCCCAGACAUAUCAGCAGCGAUUUUUCAAGAAAUUUAUAUGCAAAUAAUACUGUUGGAAGAAAAAUGCAUUUGGGAACCAUAUCUGGACUUGGGAGCAGUCCAGACGAAGGAUGUUGUUAUGUCUACAACAGCAGCUGUGAAAAAACCCAUGUGAUUAUGAAACACAGAACGUUGUUGGUGAAGCAUAUGCACUGGUAUCAUGUGGGUGAGAAAGUUUCAGUUUGUGAGUGUAGAUGCACCAGAGCACGUUUACCACCAAGCAAAUUUUGGCUAUUUGAGCCUCGCUGUGGCUUCCACGACAUAGGGGGUUGGUAUGUGGAAACAUAUGGCAAAGAUAAGAAGGGUCGUACUAUGCCAUCACAAAGGUUCUGGGAUGGCUUGGAUUAUAGCCAGCAAACCGAAAUAAGACUUCAUCCAGCAAUGUAUCUGUUUGCUCUUGCAUAUCGAACACUUGAUCUUGAAUAUACCAAAACAAGCAAGAAAACAUUUACGGAUGCCGUUGGAGCACAUAUGUUUCAAAUUCUUCACUGGUGCAAGAAACUUGCUAAAUAGAAGGGUUCCCUGUUCAUUUACAACUACACAGCGACUCUUGGGAGAGAUACUCUGUAAGUACCAAAAGGAAAGCUCAUUAGGGGCCUCACUUAGUCUUAUCUACUACUUGGUUGGAGAAAAUGUAUCUUUUGAUCUUCCUGGUGCUGUGAUCUGUUGGCCAAAUACUGAACUCAAUCGGUCAAGGACUAGCUGCUGGGGCUGCUAUAAUAUUCAAAGAACCAAUGCCAAUAUGUCAUGCCUGAGCUUAAUUGCACGACACUGGUUUUGUCAAAAAUGCUCUCUGAAGCUACUUGCCCUAUAGUUGUUAUGCAAGACUGAAUCUUUAUGGAUAUACAUCUAUUAGUUCUAUGUGUGUACCAUACCUUUGCAGAAGCCUAAAUGUUCCCAAAAUAAAAUAAUUUAUUUCGGCAAGUAUUAUGAAAGCUAGUUUUUUACUGCACAAAUAAUUUCAUCCCUUUACCAGAAAGUCUCAGCUGACAAAUUUCAUGUAGUUUUCUUGGUUACUAUAACUCAUGGUAUAUUGAAUAUAAUCUUGUUGUGCUUGUAUAGACUUGCAUCCUAACACGCAUAUGGAACUUGCAUUGCAUGUCUACUUGUGUAUCUGUCGAUAUACUGGUGCUUUUUUCAUCAUAUGAUUUUGUUAUUGCUCCAUGUGUUCUUUAGUUAUGUUUCUUCACUAUCUAUUUCAGGCUUUGUUAGCUUUUACUUUGACUGCGUUGGAUGAUUUUUUUUAACUAACAAAAUAAAGCUUUGGCCAUAGAGUGGCAAGUUGUAACAAAUGAUAAACUGCUUUUACUAUAUGAAAUUAUAUGUGUGCAUCCUUUUUGUCUUUUACUUGAGCAGAUCCUCCCAUUUGCAGUACUGGCCUCCUGCUAAUGCUCGAUAAAACCUAUCUCUACAGUAUACUGGUCUUCCAUCAGCAGCCUCAGCAGCAGCAGCUGCAAGAUUGUCGUCGGCUUUCACAUCGGCAGGCAAUUUAAGCAACUCCUCUUUUCUACAAUACACAUUAAAAGUUUCAAUGACAUGGAGGAAGUACUCUUGAUUAAAAAAUUUGCAGGAUCUUGUCUUUCCUUACCUUAGGCUGAACUUUGUAUUGACUUUGGAAACUUGGGCAGUUGAUUUAUUUUCUUCUGUGGUAAAGGUGGAACGAAAAAAAUUCUCCACUGGUGUAGCAAAGAUAAAUAGCAUAACUCCGGUAACAAGUAACGCUCCAGUCCCAACUAGAGUCUGUUUCAGCAGUUUAACAACUGGUUUAACCUGGAGACAUGGAAUAUAUGUGAAUCAUGCAGCAAGUAAUAAGUUUAGCAUAUUGCUCUUCUACCCUGCAUCCUAAUUUUUCAGUUUAAUGAGUUUAUGCAAUGCUGCACUUUGAGAUGUCCAAUACCUUGUAAGAGCCCAAUAAUCUAUCACGAGCUAGGAUCUGCAAAGAAAACUAGGAUGUCAGUUACAGUACCCAAAAUUAAAGAAAUGAUGCAUGUCGCUGGUUCUUUUAGUAGUUUUAUUUUGUUUCAUUUCAAUUUUCAACUACACUUUAUUCCAUGUAUCCUUCAUAUUCAAUAAUUUUGAAUAGACUGCUUGUUGCUUAGUGAAGAAACAUUUCUUACAAUUUGAAAGGAAAAAGUUGCUAACCUAUUGUUUAUUCUCCUUUGGAAUUUUUCAUUUGAUCUGUCUCAAAUUAAACUUUACCAAUGACUUUGUCUUUUGCUAAAAAGACCAGUAAUUGAUUUUAUUUAAGUACUUAGUUCCAACAUGCUAGUGACAUGUAAAACAGGCAAUUUAUUUAUUUAUUUUCCAUCUUUUAUUGUCAAAUAUCCUGCUGUUAAAAGUUUGUCAGAUUACAAUAUAUGUAUCUUAUGGCCCACUAAACCUACACCUCGAAUAUGGUUUUACGCAGGUGAAGUCUUCAGAGGGACUUUUGUUCUGUUCACUUUUUUAGGUAAAAGAGGAAUGUGUAAAAGAGAGUUAAGACUAACCUCAGGCGGCUUGACCCACAUCUGCCCGUCAUACCAUCCACUUUCUUCAUAAGGAAUGACUGCAGACAGAAGUCUAUCACCAACAUAACUCCACCCCUGCAUUGUAAUUUACUUAUUAUCUUAACCACAUAGUUCUUUAAGCGUGAAGUUGUAAUCAUAGCUCAACACUUAAAUUUUAUCGGAUAUAGUUGGUGUGAAUGACGAAUAGGUUAUAUUCAGUUACAAACACAUUAGAUACCACAAUCUGGCAACAACAUAUAAAGUAUGUGUGAUUACAGAAGGGAGUUCCCACUGAGUUAAAGGCUUUUGAAAUAAUGGUGUACUACACCAGGACAAAUUUGUUUUGAACUCUCUCUCUGCCUUGCUCACCCUCCCCAGUCCCGAGUAAUGAAAUGAUUAUGAUGUGAACAGGUAAAAGAUGAUCAGAACGCACCAGAUAAAUCCUCAAGAUAAUUAAAGACACAAUGAAGAGUGUUCCUGUUCCAGCAGCUAGUAUAAAUCUCAGAGGCUCCUGCAGGGUAACAUCAACAGACAGAAGAAAAAUUUAUGAGCAACAUUAUAAAUGUUAUAUUUGUGUUGUUGUGUGCAGCUCACAUGUACUCUUGUGUGUAUGCAUAAACUUUUCUUGUAUCUUACUAGAUUAAAUAUCCUACUAUUAUGCACAUAUACUUUUAACUUCACACUUACUCUUGAAGGAUUAAAGCUUGCAGCUGCAAUUGGCGCUCCAAGGACUGUGAAUACUGCCAACCAGAGACCUCCAAGGCGAAGAAAGAACGAUCCUGGACCCAGUUCGCCCCAUGAAUACAGCAUGCCAUCCUUCAGAGAUGAGUACUCAUUUACCUAUUAGACCAUGACAUAUUCCAAGUUAGCAUGAAAUGUUGAUAGAAACAUUUUUUAGUGGAACAAUCACUAUAACUAAUAAUAUAUUCUUAUUGCUUUGCAUGAACCGUUUCAGUAUGCAUGUAUGUGCAGGGAUAUCUCACUAACUGUUCAGCCAUGAAAUUCAUACACUAAUAUCAUGGUACACUCAAUUCAAUGUUUAUUUUUUCUCAUUCCUUUUUCUAUAUUUUCUUUUACACUCCUCAUUUUUAUCAUACUAUAUCUCCCACUCUAUCUCUCUAUUACCUUUCUGUGUUCUUUUUUACCUCUCAGUCCAAAGAGAAUAUCCUAUUACACCCUGCAAUAUCAUGUUUAUUUGGAGGAUCAUCAAAGAUUCAAAAUAAAACUAAUUAUUGCCACUAUUCAGUAGUUGUCUAUACUAUACACAUACCGGUCUUUGUUCAAAAGGGACUUCAAUUUCCAAUCCAGGGUCCCAGCUACUUCCUGAAGAUCCAUUUGUUUCUCCAUUCAUCUCACCUUUUAUGGCCUUAACUUUGAUGGAAACCUGUUGAGAGAAUUUUGAAGCUCUGGUGUUUUGGAUGAUGAA